AUGCCGACUCUUGCUUUAACUAACUUCAACAUUGUCGUUAGCGUGUUGGGAGGGUGGAUUUCGGUCUUCGGUUUAGUAUCCUAUCUGCUAAAAGAGAAUUUCUACCUCUCCGAGGCUCUCAUAUCGCUCAUGUCUGGCCUUACAUUCUCCCCCCACGCUGCCAAUUUUGUACGUCCACUCGAGUAUGCAGGUUCGGAAGAAAACCUAAACGCGAUUACACUGUACUUCACCCGUCUGGUUCUUGGGGUCCAGCUCGUACUCGCUGGGGUUCAGCUUCCAAGCCGCUACUUACUUGAAGAAUGGAAGCCUUUAGCCUUACUUCUAGGGCCGAUAAUGACAGCGAUGUGGAUGAUAACUAGUCUACUCGUCUGGGGGCUGGUACCAAAUCUACCUUUCCUUCAUGCGCUUGUCAUUGGCGCUUGCGUCACGCCAACUGACCCGGUGUUGUCCAACGUGAUCGUGAAAGGGAGGUUCGCUGAUCACAACGUUCCCAAGGAUCUUCAGAAAAUCAUUAUUGCAGAAUCCGGUGCCAACGACGGGCUCGGCUACCCCUUUUUAUAUUUCGCAUUAUACCUUAUCAAAUACAUUGGUGAUGGUGGCGUUAAUGAGAAAGGUGGCGCUGGCCUUGCUAUGGGUUUAUGGUUUGGCGAGACAUGGGGAUACACUAUCAUCCUCAGUGUCAUAUACGGCGCGGCUGUAGGCUGGGUCGCUAAAGAAUUGCUUCAUUUUUGCGAAGAACGUAAAUUCGUGGAUCGUGAAAGCUUUCUCGUCUUCGCGUUUUCGCUCGCCCUCUUCAUCACCGGCACAUGCGGUAUGAUUGGCAGUGAUGAUAUCUUAGCGUGCUUCGUCGCUGGAAACGUCUUCACUUGGGAUGAUUGGUUUCGUCUACGAACGCUCGAUGAGUGGCAUAGUUUUGUCUCCAAUAGCGUUAUUCCGAUCUACCGAUUGAUCCCCCUAGGGAUCUUGAUUUUGCUAUUCAGGCGUCUUCCCCUCAUCUUGGUGUUCUACAAGAAAAUUCCACAGAUCGAUGGUUGGCGGCAAGCCGUUUUCAUGGGCUUCUUCGGGCCAAUUGGCUGUUCGGCAAUCUUCUACCUAUACAUAACACUAGAAUUCGUAACCUUGUUGAACCCGGAUGAAGGAAAUGCGGCAAGGUGGGAUGUUGCUAACCUCCGGGAAGGCGUGCUAGUUCUUGUGUGGUUUAUGGUAAUUUGUAGCGUUGUUGUCCAUGGACUUAGUAUCCCCUUGGGCAAAUUUGGUGUUUACCUACCCCGUACCAUUUCAAGGACCUUGUCCUCGCCUGAGGAUAUAAUACCCUUUCAGAUAAAUAGUCGAUUGAGGUCGCGAAGCCGCUCUAGGAGUAGAACGGCGCUCGAUACGCCCACCGAAUCUCGUUCUGUAUCAGCACGACCCAUGUAUAGAAUCGGCGGUUCUAUCAUUAAAGAGAACACGGCGGUUACCGGACCCCCUGUGGGACCUCCCACUAGGCCACCUACAGUACAAUUGUCGACUGCUAAUGAAAUAAUCGAGGCCCGAGAUAAGGUCGAUGCUAACUCCAGAUCCCCAGAUACAGAGGCAGGCCCGGGCUCGCUUGGAAGCACACCAUCACCAACCCAACCCAGCCGCACAAUUCGCUUUCCUGAUGAAGCAUCGUCGGCUAGCAAGGAGCCUCGAGAUCCUGAGAAGGAUACUACGGUCAAGUCAUGA